AGAGUAAAUACAACAGGAGCGCAAAAUGGCGGAACCGCCGAGCUCAGUGCACUGCGCUGCUGUCGCCACCGCCGCCGUCUCGGAGAAAGAACCGUUUGGCAAGUUGCAGCCCGUCUCCCGGGACCCAAUGGGUCCUCUGUCCGCCAAGAAGGUGCGGACUGAGGAGAAGAAGACGCCGCGGAGACUGAACGGAGAAGGGGGCAGCGGCGGGAACAGCAGGCAGCUGCAGCCGCCCGCGGCACCUUCGCCUCAGAGCUAUGGCAGCCCCGCGUCUUGGAGCUUCGCCGCUCUGUCUGCCGCUUCCUCCUCUUCUGCUCGGAGCAGUUUCUCUUUCUCCGCUAGCACGGCCGUUCCCUCCUCAGCCUCGGCUUCCUCGUCUCAGCCGGUGCAGCGCAAACUGCUGGUCCCUCCUACGCUGCUGCACGCUCAGCCUCACCGUCUCCUGCUGCCGGCCACCGCCUCCUCGGCCAGCGCCAAGCCGCGCAGACCCAAGGAGAAGCGAGAGAAGGAAGGGAGGAGGCACGGCCUCGGUGGGGUGGGCGAGGCCGGCGGGGCCGCCCGGGAGGAGAACGGGGAGGUGAAGCCGCUGUCGCGAGAUAAAAUCAAAGACAAAAUUAAAGAGAGAGAUAAGGAAAAAGAGAGAGAAAAAAAGAAGCAUAAAGUCAUGAAUGAGAUCAAAAAAGAAAAUGGAGAAGUAAAGAUUUUGCUGAAAAGUGGGAAGGAGAAACCUAAAACAAAUGUAGAAGACUUACAAAUUAAAAAGGUAAAGAAGAAAAAGAAAAAGAAACACAAAGAGAAUGAAAAACGGAAGCGUCCAAAAAUGUACAGCAAAUCUAUUCAAACCAUCUGCUCAGGAUUGCUAUCUGAUGUGGAAGAUCAAGAAGCCAAAGGCAUCCUAAAUGAUAACAUAAAGGAUUACAGUGGAAAGAAUUUGGAUACCAAGAGCUAUGAUUCCAAAAUUCCAGAGAACAGUGAGUUUCCAUUUGUCUCAUUAAAGGAGCCACGGGUUCAGAAUAACCUCAAAAGGUUGGACACUUUGGAGUUCAAACAGCUCAUUCAUAUUGAGCACCAGCCUAAUGGAGGUGCAUCAGUUAUCCAUGCCUACAGUAAUGAACUCUCCCACCUGUCUCCUGUGGAGAUGGAGAGGUUUGCAGAAGAGUUUGUGGGUCUAGUAUUCAGUGAAAAUGAAAACUCUGCAGCUUUUUAUGUAAUGGGUAUUGUUCAUGGGGCAGCUACCUAUUUACCUGACUUUUUAGACUACUUUUCAUUUAAUUUUCCCAAUUCGCCAGUGAAAAUGGAGAUAUUGGGAAAGAAGGAUAUAGAGACAACGACUAUGUCCAAUUUUCAUGCUCAGGUAAAAAGAACGUAUUCUCAUGGUACUUACAGAGCUGGCCCAAUGAGACAAAUCAGCUUGGUGGGAGCAGUUGAUGAAGAAGUGGGAGAUUACUUCCCUGAGUUCCUUGACAUGUUGGAAGAUUCACCAUUUUUAAAAUGUACACUGCCAUGGGGGACACUAUCUAGUCUAAAAUUGGAGAGUCGAAAAGAUAGUGAUGACGGUCCCAUCAUGUGGGUACGCCCAGGAGAGCAAAUGAUCCCUGUGGCUGAUAUGCCAAAGUCACCUUUCAAAAGGAAAAGAACUACCAAUGAAAUAAAAAACCUGCAGUACCUACCUCGAACUAGUGAGCCCCGUGAGAUGCUCUUUGAAGACAGGACAAGAGCUCAUGCAGAUCAUAUAGGACAAGGUUUCGAACGACAGACUACAGCUGCUGUUGGAGUGUUGAAGGCUGUGCACUGUGGAGAGUGGCCUGAUCAACCACGAAUAACCAAAGAUGUGAUUUGUUUUCAUGCUGAAGAUUUCUUAGAAGUAGUUCAACGAAUGCAGUUAGAUUUACAUGAACCUCCACUGUCACAGUGUGUCCAAUGGGUCGAUGAUGCAAAACUUAAUCAACUGAGGAGGGAAGGCAUUCGCUAUGCCAGGAUUCAGCUGUAUGAUAAUGACAUUUAUUUUAUUCCAAGGAAUGUUGUUCAUCAGUUUAAGACAGUCUCAGCUGUAUGCAGUUUAGCAUGGCACGUUCGGCUCAAGUUAUACCACUCAGAGGAGGACACUGCUCAGAACACAGCUACUCAUGAAACGGGCACACCACCAGGUUCCACGUCAUCAAUUCUUGGACCUCACAGUGACAGCAUGAUUUGUGCUGUAAGCAAAACCUCCUUGGAGUCUGUUUUUUCAGACAAACUUCAUUCUAAAUAUGAAGUACAGCAGAUUAAACAUGAACCUCUUGCAUCUGUAAGAAUCAGUGAAGAACCUGUGAAUGUUUAUGUUCCUGAAAAGACUAGAGCACCGAAUAAUGUGGAUGGCAAGAAUGUUAAAGCAAAAUUGGAUCAUGUUCAAUUUACAGAAUUUAAGAUUGACGUGGACUCCAAAUUUGAAAAUAGCAACAAAGAUUUAAAGGAAGAAUUAUGCCCUGGAAGUCUCAUAAAUCUAGUUGAUACAAGGCAACAUAGCUCAGCACAUUCAAAUCAAGAUAGAAAAGAUGAUGACAUUUUGUGCUAAAUUUGUACAUACCAUUUAAAAUCCUUUUUUAAAAACUUAAUAAUGUAAUAAAGAUUCAUGAAUACUGAAAGCAA